UGCCUUAAACUUUUGUUUUUGUUCCUUGUAAGUUUCUGGGCCGACAUCACUUAAUGACCGUAUAGCUAUCGUAGGUGCUGGACCAUCCGGAAUACAUAUGGCGUACACACUCAUCAAAGCCGGAUUUAAACAAAUUACCGUUUUUGAAAGCUCCGACUAUAUUGGUGGAAUGUCUAGAUCUAUUUAUCAUCGAAGAACACCUCAUGACAUGGGGGCUUAUAAUAUUCACAGUGGCUAUGAUGAGCUGUAUAAACUCAUUAAUGAGUUCGACGCCGGUGUCCCGAUCCCUGGACCGGAACCUAAUCUUUGGGUAGACAGGAAAAGUGGAUCAAGACGCAAAUUUAUCAUGAGUAAGUAUCAAUAUUGUAGUGCCGUAGCUGAACAACUUAAGCCGGGUAUCAACGACAGCGAAGUAUUUACAACUAUUUUUGCAGCAUUGACAAAGUAUAAAACACUUCAUCAACAAUUAUUUGGAAUAUACAAAGGGUCACUAAUGCCUCGGCCAAGCAAGAAAGUUCUAGCUUCUCUCAACAUGACAACCUUGGAGUUCCUGGAACUACAUGAUAUAGAAAUACUGAAGUGCGUGUUAGGGGUUGGUAUGACGGCCCAGGGCUAUGGGCAUUUAGAUGAAGUGUCAGCAAUCUAUGGUCUAAUCUGGAUGCAUCCAACAUAUAUGGCACAGUUGGUUUUAAACCCGGAAUCUUCGUUCAAUCAAAUUCUUUCUAAAGGAUACCAGUUCAUCUGGCAGGAAAUUGUUAGACAGUUAAACAUAGAUGUACGUCUCUCUAGUCCGGUCACAAGGAUCGUUCGAGAAGUCAAACCCAGAAGACGGUUUGAUGUGACUUAUAGUCACUGUUUCGGGGGGAAAACUGAGACAUUUGAUUUUCUUAUAUUGAGUCCUACAAUGAAUUCGUUGAUUAAAACUGUUAAUUUUAACAAAAAGGAAAAUAGACUAUUUGAGAAGACCACACAUGGAUACUUGGCCACGUCAUUGGUUGAUACUACAUAUGGAAAGCGUAGAAGCAGUAGUCCUCACAAAUACCAUAUCGAUAACAUUCUCAGUAAAGUUGACAACAAGGUGGUCAUGCAAAGAGACACCUAUUCAUCUAUGGCCCAACACAAAGGUCGGAAUUAUACUGCAGGUCUAUAUCCUGGAGGUUUGGAUGGCAUAAAGGAACACAGUACAGUGUAUUAUCAACUGGGUUCGAAGCCAUGUCACUAGAUUCUUGAGAAGAGGCUGCGCAGACAUAUCAACAUUGUUGAAAAAGGAAAAGUCGGUCAAAUAAAAGAACAGAUAAUAUGGUCAUAUUUCCCGAGGUAUUCCGUUCAGGACAUGGCUAAAGGGGUGAUAUGGGAUAUCCUAAAAAUGCAGGGCAAGUAUGGAAUUUGGUAUAUCGGAUCGUCAGUGUCUUUUGAGUCGAUUGACAGCGUUCUUGGGUACAAUAAAUUGCUAUUCCAACUCUACACUGUACCAAACCUUUGAUUCAAACGAAAAAUAGGCGUUUAAUUAUUUUAUCAAUAAAGCGUUGCAAUGGAUUUAUUUGGUA